GGGAUACUUCCGCCCGCCCACCCCGGAACCUUGUGUUCUUGCCCGGGUUUCCGCCCGGACGGCUGAGGCGGCUAAAGCGAAAGUAACGUGAAGCGUGCGGGCAGAGCUGAACGUAGUUAUGUCGGCGGCUCUGCUGCGGCGGGGUUUGGAGCUGCUGGGGGCGUCUGAGGCACCCCAGGCCGCGUCGGGCGACGCCAAGCGGAGCGGGACUCCGGUGAAGCGGACCCGGAAGGCGAAGGCGACCCAAGCCCGGAAACUGCGGAACUCCGCCAAGGGAAAGGUGCCCAAAUCGGCUCUGGCUGAGUUCCGGAAGCGAGAGUGUCGGGACUACCUCAGAGCAAACCUGAAGUUCAUGACCAGUGCAAGAAGGACCGUGGCUGAAUCCGUCACCCAUCAAGACCCCGUCAUGCACAGCACGACCAGCAGGUGGCAGAGCAGGGCCCGCAUGGCUCAGGGGAGUCCUGGGCCAGAGUCUGAUGGAGGUUGGAAUGGAGCUGGAUCACUGGGCUGUUUGCUGUGGAACACUGCCAGUUACUCGGGAGCCACACCUCUGGGAUUUGGAGAACGGCUUCUGGGCAAGCUCUCCACUUACACUAAAUGUGGACCUAAGAGCUGUGUGUGUGGUGCUGAUCUGCUUUGUGGGGUGUCUUCUGUCUCUGGCACCAAAGGGCCUUCCCUCCCUUCCCCAGCCUCCCAGCAUGUGUCUUAGGAGCUUCAAAUCAAAAAUCCCCCAGCACAGGCAGUCAUCCUGAAAGCUGUUCCCCCAGCGUCUGCUUACCUAUCCCCAGGGUGCCUUCUCCUUUCUCCCCUGGGGAGGCAGCCACAUCAGAAGUGGCCUGUGAAGCCUUUGAGGUAAAAAUAGCACUUGCAGCUGCUAGGGGCUGUCCCAGGGAAGUCAACACCAAGGGCUCGGGAGGGCGGAGGCAGCAUGCCUCAACCUUCCCACCCCAGGGAGGGCAGGGUCUGCUGUUACCAUCAGCAGAGAUUGUUGGCCAGGCCUCCUGUACCCAGGGCAGAAGAGUGGCUAGGUGGAGUCAGGUGCCCUUUUUCUCCUACCUGUGUUAUGUGGGGUGGGGGAGUAGAGGGGGGUCUCGGAGGUAACUUUAAACACACUGAGAUCGGUGCCCGAACAGAAAGGUGGUUCUGGCGCUCCAGCUCACCACCACCAGGAGGCAGAGGCUGGGCCCUCCAGCAGGACAGUGCUGGGGACAGAGGUCAGGGACAGGUAUCUGCAUGCGUGAAUGAAUGAGUGAAUUGUACAGACCAGAGUUGGUCUUUGGGGUAAAAGAGAUAAGCCCUAGAUGCUCAGGAGCCCCUUCAGCAGAGGGGGUUGAGGGGCCUGGUGGAGAAGAGGGCCCAGGAAGCCUUGAGGAGCCUUUGCCUCCCCUGCUCCCCGGCACCCAGCCCAAAGGGCUCCUUGAUCACAGUGGUUCCCGUGGUGUCAUCUGAUGGUUGGCUCAGAUGGGAAAUGACAAUCUGCCAAAAGUGAUGGGGUCCACUGAUGAGCCACUGUCCGGCAGUGGAGGGUUGAGGUGACCUUAGGGGCUGCCUGUUCCUAUUUGUAAGAGGAGGGCUUUCACACACACACACACACACACACACACGUCCCUGGGUUGGAGGUGUCCACACUUAGCAGUCCAGGCCUGUCAUCCCCACCUAGGGGUCACCAAGCUGUCCUUUUUCCAAGGAGCAAGAGCCACAGGGACUGACUUUCCAUUGUAAGUGGGGACAAAAGAGGGUGACCUUAGAACCACAUGAGGCAUGGUCACCAUCAGGUUCCUGUCCUCAGGUGGCCUUGACCUAAGCUGUAGGAAGCACCCACCGGGCACCUGGGUGAAGGCAGGCAUGAGGGGCAGGGCUGUGACUGCAGAGGGGCACUGGCUAACCCCUUUCUCGGCUGUGCCUGUCCCAAAGGAGGGGAAGCUGUCCUGUCCUGCCUCAGAUGGCGCACUCUUCUCCCACCCACUGAGCUUUCCUGGAACCUCUGGGGAGAGAAACUCUGACAUCCAUGGGGGCUCCCUCCCUUUGUCUUUUAAGCAGCUAGCAAGAGGCUGGCUCAGCAGCUCACAGGGAGUUUGCUCUACAGAAGAACAAGCUGACACCAGCCACUGAGCACCAGGGGCCCCUUUCUAACAAAGCCCCACUUGUUCCAUAAUCACCUGGUGGUCCAUGCGGCCUGCCCAGUCCAGCCCACCCACCCUGUGAGGUCUGCCUCUUGGGGUAGAAUGAGAACAGGGCUUCUGCUUCUCUACAAGUUCCCCCACCAAGUCAUAUCUCUACCAAGUGGCAUUAGUGGGGUGCAUGCUCAAGAUGGACUUCAGCAUUCAGCCCUGAGAUUCUGGUCGUCGGUUGGGAUUAGGGCCCAGGAAGCUGUAUUUUAACUAUCAGUUUGGGCAAUUCUGGCACAGGUGGCCAGAGGGCAGGAGGGAGCCCAAGGAAGGCUGGAGGCUGGAGAGGAUGUACUGGGUUGGGGGGUGGGGGUGGAUCAAAGAACAUAAAGGAUGGGGGUUGCUCACCGUGAGCCCCAGGAUCUGGUAACUGACAGGUCAGCUGGAAACAAAGGGUCAGGGUCCAAGAGGACAUUUACCACAUUCAAGCCUGGGUUAAACAGACACAGGAGGAGGCCGCCUUCCCCAGCUUGAGGAAUUGGGGAGGGACAUGAAAGCAUCUGGCACCAUCUAGCAGGGCCCCCUGGAAGUAUUUGUGUCUCAGGUGGUUUGGGGCAGCUGAUGGGUUUGGGCUGAGCUGAGGGGUUGAGGAGUGCUCCCAGUGACCUGCAGGGGUCCCCUCCAAGACCCUGUGGCCUCCGCAGGGGGGUGGGCUGCCCUAGCCACCUGCACGCCCUGGUCCCUUUGUGAUCGGAGGGGUUGACCAGGAGGCCUGCAGGGCAGGGCAGCCACUGGGGCCAGAGCCUCAGCCCCCAGGCCUGCCAGCCCUGCCAGAGUGAGUGUGGAGUACGGGUGAGGGCUUAACUCAGUUCUUCACAGGAGAGUCUCCAGCAGCCCAGCAUGGCUUUCUCCAGGGGAGCCCUCUUAGACAUUCACCAUACCCAUGGGUGUCCCCUUCUUUCCUGCCCCAGUCUUUGCUCAGCCUGUCGCCCAGCUUGGGUGCUCUCCCCAUUCUCUAUACACAUAGUUCCCUGUCCUUCCAGCCCUGCUGCCCCCACUGAGGUUGCCAGUGUUCAACAGUCCCUGGCUUCGGGGAGUCCACUUGCUGUACCCCACUACACACAGUGCUGUAAACUUCCUAAGGAUUGGAUCAGCCCCCUCUCGCCUGCCCUGGGUGGGGCCUGGCACCCGGAUAUGACUGCAGGGACUCUCCAGCUGGCUCUCCCUGAUCCCCAAGGCCUUCCACCCCCCUGCCUCUGUGCCAUUGGAACUCAGGCUGAAAGGCUUCUCAUGCCUAAUAGCCAUGACUGAGCCCACCCUCUGCCAGCAUUAAAAAAAAGAAAGAAAAUAAAAAUUCUGCUCCUUCUC